AUGCUGAUGGUGAGCGGCGACUCGAAGGCAGGGCCGACGGGCAACUUUUACUUCAGUCCGUUGCGCCUGCGACCGGUGCUUGGGUCGGCUUAUCUGGCCGCGAAGUCACCGAGGUCGGUCAAAGAGUCCAGGUUAGAUUUGCCGCUCGACGUCGAGCCCCAACGGGCCAGGCACAACGGCCCCAAGGACGUCGAGGACGAGGCAGUUUACGCAAAAACUGACGUGGACGACAGCAGCGGGUCGGAGACGAAGCCGAGGAAGAAGAAGCACGGGAAGACGAAAAAAUCAAAGAAGAGUUCCUCGCUGGAUUCUACCCUCUUGGAGCACCUGUGCCCAAAGUUGCGAGUUUCCGUGGUUCUCUCGGUCCUCGGUGCCAUUGUCGUAGUUGCCUGCUGUUGCGCGCUGUACCUGAGGAGACGCAUCGUCGCUUGUUUCAAAAAGUGCUGGCCAGGAAGCAAGAAGAAGAAAAAGGCGAAGCACUUGCUCGACGCCGAGGAGGGCGGCUACCCGUACCAGCCGUCCAUCUUCCGGAAGUCGGGUAAAAAAAAGAACAAGGCCCCCGCGAGGCUCAUCGACACCGGGACACAAGACAGUCGAACGUCGAUGGCCAUGGCCCACAGCCAGCCUCCGCUGGAGAAACCGAAAAAGGUCGGCUGCUCGCCUUGUUGCAGGAAAAAGAACAAGAAGAAAAAGCUCCGGAGAACCUGA